AUGGAAGAUACUGAAGAGUCUCCCGAGGGUCAGGUGUGCGAUGCACUCAGGACCACCACGUUGGGCUUUAAGCUUCUGGACCAACCAGGCGAAAUUUCCACCGGAGAGCUCAGCGACCUGAAGAGUCUUCUCCAUACGCUAAGUGCCACACUCGAAGGGGUCGCUUCGAAGAAAGCAUCUGCUUGGCUCGAACCAUGGACAAAGGCCGCCCUAAUGUUCGGUCACAACCCGCCAGAUGUUGCCGGCGACGACCCGCUGUCCCAGAUCAGAAGAGAAUGCUACAAAAGACUUCUGCCCGCGUGCACAUGUCAUCCCGCCGCAGACCAGAUACUCGAUACUCUACGAGACGAGCUAGCCGGAUACAUGAUGGUCGCCAUCGGAUCUUUUUGGAAGAACAGACCAACCGAUAUAGAAGAGCUCGGAGAUACUAGACGUCAGCUAGAUAUUACGAUGAGAGCGUUUGUCAAAGCAACAGUGAGGGCGAAUGCAAAGGAAUCAUCACUCGGACAUGAAAUGCGCAAGAGUAAGAAGCUGGAAUCAAGUUUGGAAACGGUUAAAGGCAAGUUGGCUGAAGAGAGAAGGAGUAUGAACGACAAGUACGAUGAGCUUGUAAAGGGCUACUACGACAAGGUGAACAAGUUGGUUGAAGGACGCGUGUACGACGAGAAAGCGAAGCUUGCUGAGCGACUUAGCAAAGCGGAAGCAAAGGCUUUGCUUUACGAUCGAGUCCUUGACGAGAAAGAGGUCCAGCGAGCCAGGGCUCUGCAGGGUGACCAAGAGAAAGCGCUGCUAAGACGGACAAAAUCGGAAUUAGAGAAGAAGUACAAGGACCGCGACGAGGAAGCCAAAUCUUUCAAGGAAGGUUACGACCAACUCAGCAACGAUAACCAGGUUCUCCAGACUGAGAAGGCUGUGCUUCAGACCGACUACGAUGAGUUGAAGAGAGAGUACGAGAAGCUAUCAAGAGAACAAACAUCGGGCCCCAUGCCGCAUCACGAGAGCCAACCGGCAGUCUCAAAGCCGCAUAUCCCCAACACAGUAGCGGUGUUCGCUCGUCAAGUCGCCGAACUCCAACACCUAGACGGGCUUGCAACCAUCUGGCAGAACACUCUAGACACUGCGACUGCCGAUGUAAACGACUCAAAAGAUAAGAAGAAGGCACUCGAGGGCAAGGUACAAGAAGCCGAGCAAGCAUUGAAAGACUUGAAGCCUGCGCCAAAGUCAAAGCCUUCUCGCGCGUCAAGCACCAAGACCGGAUCUGAGGACAUUCGCGCAGCAGAGCCAGCGGCCGUCGGUGGCGCAUGGACUGGCCGAGCUGUUGUUCAGUCGUCAGUCAACCCAACUGUCACACUGCGCAAGGUCCCUUGCGUCGCAGAAGCCUUUCCUGCACUGAGCUCCCCAGCAGUACCCAAAACGACUCCGUCAACCACUUGGAAGAGUCUUCGUCUCGUCGACACAUCCAAGGAAGAGAUCAGAGGCGCUGUGAAGAAGUCUGUCUAA